AUGUUGUUGUUCCACUCGCUAUGCAUCCGACAGCCUAGGGGUAUCGAUCUCGCUCUGUACGUCUCCUUCCCCGAAGAUGGAGGCUUCGUUUCGUACGAGUCGGCCAACCUGAGCUGGCACCAAGACAUUGAAGCCAAGGUAAGCUCGCUCCUCCGUUCGUUUCUGCUGCCUCCUCUGAUGACAAGCGGAAAGCCCUGGCACCUCCGACCCUUCUCCUGUAAGAGCAGACGAGCUGCAGGUGUUGGCAGCCGCAGCUGGGGAUGCAGGCGACGACAUGACGAUGGGGAGGACGAUGAUGACGAAGCCUGA